AUGGACGUCGAAGAUGAGACAUGCUCUGAUAGGCUACUAGUUGAAAAUGUUGAUAAAAUUAUGGAAAUUCUUGAGUCAGGGGCUGGUCUCAAGAAGAAACUCGAUGUAUGGAUGCCACACGAAUUAACUUUUGGAGCCUGCGAUUCUUUGCUGAAACGUAACGAAAUCGAAGCAUAUACAUACAGGACAACAGGCGAAAAAGAUCGUGGUUCAAUUGCGGUGAGCCGGCCAAAAGUUAACGACCAAGAAGGUUUUGCUGAGUGUUUGGUGGGAUUGGAAGGGAAUCCUCCACAUAGAACAGCUCCCAUCAUUCAAUUCGGACCUAAAUUAUCAACAACUGACCAGGUUGAAGCAGGAACUUAUUUCAUCUUGUACGACUUCAUAGACUACUUUGAGAAGGACGGGCCGAGUUACUUGCAGCGAGACAAGUACCAUGACAUCAUUAACACCAUCUUCAAAAAUAUGACUCGCCUCGAACGAGACGCCAUUGUGUUCCAGUACACGGAUUGGGAGCACAUCAACGACGGUUACUUAAACCAGAAGAUGAUCGGGGAUGUAGUCGGAGACUACUUCUUCAUCUGCCCCACCAAUCUUUUCGCAAACGUCGCCGCCGACAGAGGCAUGAAAGUCUACUACUACUUCUUCACUCACCGGACGAGCACGUCCCUAUGGGGCGAAUGGAUGGGAGUCAUGCACGGAGACGAGAUAGAGUACGUGUUCGGUCACCCUCUGAACAUGUCCCUCCAGUACAACUCCAGAGAACGAGAGCUCAGCCUGAAAAUCAUGCAGGUUUUCUCCAGAUUCGCAGCAACCGGGUAUGUUAUCAUCAUUAUCGUCAACAUCAUCAUCAUCAUCUACAAAAACAUGAUCAUCAACUACAUACAUAAUGUAAAGAAAAAUGUUCGUGGUACAUUCUACAAUUAG